ACAGUUGAGUGGUGUAAUGUUGGCUAACAUGCGAAACUGCCAACUGCUGUUACAAAGACGUAGUAUAUAGCUUUCAUUUACUUAAAAGUUGUUGUAUCUUCGAUAGUUUAUGAAAACAGACGGAAUCAAAACUUACAUUGUAUGACCAAUUUAGCAACUCUGUCCGUUAAGACGUGUAAAAUUAAUUCAUCCCUGAAGCAGGUGAUUCAUAUGGGCAUGGCCUUGGUAACACGGAAGCCAAGAUGGUGAUCACGUAGGAGUGCUUGGAACAACGACAUCCGUAUUCGGUGAAGCUACAGCGUAAUAAACGUUGCACAGAUACAUCCGCGUGUGAAUCUAGUCAGUGAAGGUAGGCAUUACGUUUCGCAAGUCGUUUAUGUGAUUGUACUGUUUAUCAAAAUUCGAAAUCUCAAACCGAAAACAACCUAACCUGAUAAAGGCGUAAUAUUUCACGCACGAUGCCAGCAAGCGGUCCAGUUUACCAACCUACAACGGUUACAUAUGAACAACAGAACGAUUGGACACCGAUCAGUAACUUGUCGCAGUCUUUGUUUCGUAAUGGUUCUUCUCGAACAAACUGUAUCCAGUUGGCUUUUCUUAUGCUUGGUAUAAUCACUCUAGCUGCAGGUCUUGUCAUGAUCGUAGAAGGGUCUGUGGAUUUGUAUGACACAAAACAACAUGAUGCAGAAGUUGGUGAGACACCAGAUAGUGAAGCAAAGUCAGACAGCGAUCUGUUUAUUGUUAUUGGAGGGGUAGUGGUUCUGUUGUUGGGUAUUAUGUUUCUUGGGUUUUAUCUCCGCAUGAUUUGGAGGAGGAAAGUAUGCCCAUGUUUUCCAAGUAAAGAGCAGAGACUUGCAAGACAACUAGAUAAUCAAGUUGGGAAUGGACAGAUCUUGACAUUGAACCCGUCGACAGAUCUCCUUGUGACAGCUCAGUAUGCGCCCGUAUCAGAAAUUUCAUACCAGCCGCCUGCUGUCUCAGAGGAAGAGGAGACCCGCAAGUUGAUGGGAAGCGACAACAAGGAAUGCGUUGAAGAGAGUGAACGCAUGCUUGAAUCAGACCCUCGCAUCGUUCUCAGACCUCGUAGCCACGUUGAAGAAGCCUAAACAGAUGAGAGUGGCAUUUCAAGGAUUUCUAGCAUUUCAUCUAUUAAACGCAAAGUAUCCAGUGGUUCUUCUAGACUGCAGGCACCUCUAGCAGGUGUCGAAGAAAUUACCCCGUCUCUCCGCUCGUCAUUUGCGAGCGUCUACUAUAAUAUAACACCUUAUGAGUCCAUGUCAUCAAUUAAUUCAGGUGGCAGUGAUUCAGAUUAAUCCGAGCAGCUUACAUUUUAUAAAAGUUUUGUCGCAAUAUCUCAAAGAACAGCUGGAUUAUUCCGUUGAUAACUUAUCAUUUGUUUUGGGUGUAGAUCUGUACAAAUUCCUUCGGGCGAGAGUGAAUUGGCUGAAUUUUAAAUCGGCAGCGUUCUGCCGAACGCGGUUUAAUACGUAAUGGUUGAUGUAUUGAAGGAAAAAAAGAAUGUCCACAAAGGUAAAAAUAUUAAUUCUAUAAAAAAAGUUAUUUCAUGUCUGGAAACUUAAUGAUUUGUGAAGAAUGGUGUUAACAGUUUGACUCCAUCUUGACAGUUUUGAUAUAACUUGGUUUUGCGCAACGAACUGUCUUCGGCAGCUGCGUUUGUUUAUGUCUGUUACGCAAACCAUAUAAUCUUGCAGCGUUUACUUAAUCUUUUAACUUUUGCGGAAAGUGCUACUGACUUCGCCGUCAUAUUUUCAGUGUAUUUGUAACACAAAAGUGUUCUGCAGUUGUAAUUCACUGCCUUCCAAAUAUAAAAAAAUAUAUCUUCAUUUCCUAA